AUGGCGAUCGAGAAGAAGGGGAUGUCGGCGUACGAGGCGGAGCGGGAGAGGACGGUGGAGGAGAACAAGCGCAAGAUGGAGGCGCUCAACCUGCGCCACCUCUCCGCCGCCGUCGCCACCUACGCACCCAAGACCCCCUCCCCCAUGAAGCACAAGAGGCGCAGGGUCAUCGAAGCCGCGACCCCCGUCCCGUCGCCGCCGAGGAGGUCCCGCCGGCUCGCCCACCUCCGCGAGGUCAAGUACGCCGACGCCUGCGCGGAGCUGUUUGUACUGCCUAGUGCUGCUCAUACUGUGAUUGCAAGUGCAGCCUGUUGCAGAACCGGAGAUGAUUUUACUUCACUUUUUUUAUCUGUUGAACUGUCCCUGUCAAUUUAUUAUGAAGCAGUGGGAGAAGAUAGUGAGAGAGUGGGAAGGUGGUCUCCUAGAAGGCGAAGUGGCAGCAUCUACUUAGCAGGAGGUGGAGGUGGACCAAUUUCCAUGAAAGCUAGGAUGGAGGCAGCAAGCAAAGCUGAGGAGUUAGAAUCACAACUUGACCCUCAAUUUCCAUCCUUCAUGAAGCGGAUGCUACAUUCACAUGUGGUGCGAGGGUUCUGGUUGGGUCUCCCAAGCCAUUUCUGUGACACGUACCUGCCAAAGAAUGACUGCACUAUCACUUUGGUGGAUGAGAAAGAUGAGGAGUUCGAGUCCAAAUACCUUGCCUACAAGAAGGGGCUAAGUGGUGGCUGGGCUGGUUUUGCUCUGGAUCAUGUGAUUCGGGAUGGAGACUCGACGGUCUUUCAGCUGAUCAAGCCUACAACCUUCAAGGUGCAUAUCAUCCGAGCUGCUGUUGGUGAUGAUGACAACGAGGAAAUGGAGUGA